AUGAAUAUCAAUGAUGUCUCCAGCAUUCCACAGUACAUGGAAGUACUUAAACAGCAAAAGGCAACUCUCAAAAGAGCCCAAGGCUUUAAAGGCCAGAGGGCAAUACCCAAAAAGUCCAGGAACGAAGUCAUCAGUCAGUUUAUGUUUCGGCAAAGGAUGAACAGCAGCAGAAAUUCUUCAGGCUCCCAGAACAUUCGAUCUUCAUUCUUACCUCCCGUCUACCCUCCAUCCACUGUUUCUCUCAAAGAACUGGAUAAGAUAAUGCUUCAAGACCUUUCUCUCGAAAUUCAUCACCGGGGAAAGUAUGUCCUUGUGAGGACAGUCACCCCAAUAGAUGUCAUGACUGCUGUGAUGGUGAUUGUCGAGGAUGAAAAUGAGAGAGUUCUCAUGUUACAACUUUACAACCAAGGAAAAGAACUAUCACAAACUCAGGAUCUCCCCGAGGGAGUUGUGAUAGUAGUGAAAGAGCCUUAUGUAAAGCUUAUGGCGGAUGGGGAUUUUGGCAUCCGCGUAGAUCAUCUUUCAGAUCUUCUUUUUGUUCCUGGCUUCGACGAGCAGGUCCCCUUGUCCUGGAGAGCCCGACUCUCUCCAGUUGAGGAUUCAUCUGCUUUUUGGAAGGAACGAGGAAAUGAAUUUUUCGAGCUAGCCUUGUAUCGGUUCGCGAUAGACUGUUAUACCAAGGCUCUAGAGACCACUUCUCUUCCUGACCUAGCGAUGAAGACCCAGCUGAAUCGUGCCCUCUGUUACCUCAGAACACACCAAUUUGAUGCAACCCUCCUUGAUGCUGGUGCAGUGCUACAGAAGUCCAAACACUCCGAGAAAGCACUUUUUCGCAAAGCCCAAGCUCUUUACUAUCUUCAUAGAUUUCAAGAAUCCUGUAUGACUCAUAAGCUGAUAGGACAGAUAUACCCAGAAAACUCUCUUUUUCAACACGAAUUCCAACGUGCGUCUGCCCGUCUUGCGGAACAAAAUACUGGGAAUUAUGAAUUCAAGAAAAUGAUUUUGGAAGCCAAAAGACGUCGCCCUCCACAUCUCGAGCGCGGCACUUAUGUUGGCCCGGUAAAAAUCAAGGCCACUCAUUCUCAUGGGAGGGGGCUUUUUACCACAGAGGCAGUGAAAGCUGGUGAUCUUUUGCUCUGCGAAAAGGCGUUCGCCUAUGCUUUUCACGACGAUGAAAAUCCAGGCGACCUGACAUUACUCAUGUGCCCUGACACCAAUAAAAUGAGCCUUGGCACCCACGGAGAGCUUCUAAAAUCGAUCGUACAAAAGCUUCACAAAAACCCGUCUCUAUUACCCAAGUUCAUUAACCUUCAUCAUGGCACGUACGAAUGCUUCGAUAUCAAGAUAGAUGGCCAAGCGGUUGUGGACACCUUUCUUGUGCAAAAGACAAUUGAACUGAACUGUUUUGGCUGCCCGCUUCUGUCGCGCCAAAGUCAUAUUCAAACAAUGAGCGCGGAUGUUGCAGCGAAAGGCGAAAACAAGAAAUUUUACUCAGCUGGAAUUUGGUGCACGGCAUCAUACGUCAACCACUCCUGUUUGAGUAAUGCGCGUCGUUCUUUCAUCGGGGAUAUGAUGAUUGUUCGCGCGAGCAGAGAUCUCCCCCCAGAUACUGAAAUCACUUUCUGGUACCAAUCGCCCAUAGGGAACUUGGAUGGAAAGCCAGCGAACCUUCAGAAUUGGGGAUUCGGUUGUGAUUGUACAAUUUGUGAGGAUAUCCAAGGUCUGAGUCAGGCUGUUGCAUCUACUCGGAAGAGACUUUCUGCCGAACUGGAAAAAUCGUUCAAACUCAGCAAAAAUAAAAUGUCAAGAAUUGAAAAGACACUUGCUGGUCUCGCAGAAACCUACUCUCAGCCACCGACUCAGGUCCCUCACCUUGGACUUUGGCCAGGUUAUCUAUCUCUCGCUGCCAUCUCUCUCACCUCUCAUCAACCUGAAAAGGCAAUUCAAUUUGGGUUGAGGGCCCUGGAGUCGCUUGGUUUCGUGAUUCAUGGUGGAUCUUUUCCAGAUAGACAGCUAGAGGUAAUGACUUGGGGUUUGAUGUCUGAUGGUGUGGUUGGGUGCUGGAUGAUCCUUAGUCGUGCAUAUCGUGAAGCUGCGCCUGGGCACGAGGCGCAAGCUGCAGAAUAUGCCAGAAUCAGUUACAAAAUUUGUGUGGGGGAAGAUGAUACAUUCGAUGACACAUAUGGCAAGCUCUCGGCACGAGUCGAUGGUUUACUUGUCACGGUGUGA